AUGGCUUCCAACCCCGUGAUCCUCUUCGUCCCCGGCUCGUUCGCGCCCGCUAAACUCUACACCACCGUCGUCGAAACCAUCAAGUCCGCUGGAUACGAGGUUGAGAUCUACGACCUGCCGUCUGCCUCUCGCACGCCGCCCCAGAAAUCCGCCGACAUGUAUGAAGACGCUGCUCUCUUCCGGGGAAAGGCGCUCGACAUCAUUCAGAGCGGCAAGACUGUCUUGCUAAUCGCGCAUUCGUACGGAGGCCUAGUGGCUUCGGAGGCAAUCAAAGGCCUGCACACUGACGCCAAAACGGGACCAGCUGUGGUGGGUUUCGUCGCCUUGGCGGCAUUGCUCAUCCCGGUAGGUGUGUCGCUGAAAGCUGGCAUGAGCGAGCCGCCCGCCUAUCUCAAGAUCGAGGCAAGUACACCAUACGAACAUAGGGCGUCGUCGAAGCCAUCCGCUAACUAG